CUCAAACAAUAGAAAGUGGUAUGUACCAUCAUGGUCUCUACGAUAGGUACAUUUCGCUACGAAGUCAAAGAUGAGCAUUUCUACUUUGCAUUUAUAAAACACAGUUUCUUCGCGUGUGGAUCAAUAUAUGUGGAUGAAUUCAUCUGAAAAUCUUUCGUCAACUCAACUUCGCCCGUUGUUCUGUCCGUUGCAUUAGAUUGUGCCCCCGGGAUCCCUUUUUGAAGGGGAAUUGUGCCUUGAUCCUUCGCUGCUACCUUUCUAACGGGAUUCAUUUUGCCCCGGCUAUAUGAUAACCACAGCAUGGAAUGAGGCUGGAUAUUUGAAUUGAUUGAAACAGGGAAUUGCACUGUACUGCAGUAGAGAUGACAAGAACAUAGGAGGAAUUGAACAAACAUUUAAGGUGUGGUAGCCGUGGUCUCCCAGGAUGCCGUUGGUGAAGAGGAGUAUCGAGCCCAGGCACCUGUGCCACACAGUGCUGCCGCGGGCCAUUAAGAAUGAGCUUGAGUGUGUGACCAAUGUGUCCCUAGCUAACGUCAUACGACAGCUCAGCAGCCUCAGUAAGUAUGCAGAGGACCUGUUUGGGGAGCUAUUCAACGAGGCCCACUCCUUCUCCUUCCGGGUCAACUCCCUGCAGGAGCGCGUGGACCGCCUCUCGAUCAGCGUCACACAGCUAGAUCCUAAAGAGGAGGAGCUAUCUCUCCAGGACAUCACUAUGAGGAAGGCGUUUAGGAGCUCAACCAUCCAGGACCAGCAGCUGUUUGCCCGCCAGUCGCUGCCCAUCCCCCUGCAAGAGACCUUUGACCUCUGCGAGCAGCCGCCACCCCUCAACAUCCUCACACCCUACAGGGAUGAUGGUAAGGAGGGGCUGAAGUUCUACACCAACCCCUCCUACUUCUUUGACCUGUGGAGAGAGAAGAUGCUGCAGGACACAGAGGACAAGAGGAAGGAGAAGAGGAAACAGAAGUUGCAGGACCCCCACCUGUAUGAUCAGGUCUAUAGGUACUUAGACCUCCCAGGACAGGUUAGGGGAAACGACCGUACUCUGGAGACUGAGAAGAUCCCGCGGGCGCCUCACGACCGGAAGAAGGAGUGGCAGAAACUGGCGCUCGGGGCGGAGCUAGCUGAGGACGACCCUGAAGAGGCCCUGAAACACAGAGAGCCUAAUGGCUCCGCUCCCUACCACGACAGAGCUCCUAGUUACUUGGAUGGGAUGGACGGGCCAUUCUCACUAGCAGCGCUGCCCUACAGCCAGAUGAAUGAGCUGCUGAACCGCCCUGGGGACAGAAUGUACACACGACCCCAUGACCCCCCACCACCACCCCCUAUGCACCAACUGGGAGACAUCAAACCCCCCUCCAUGAUCAGCUCCAGUUCAGGUUUUUCAGACAGCAGACCCCAAUCUCCAGCACAGACUCACGGCUUCAACUCCAACACACCUCCCCCUCCGCCACCUCCCUUGCCCCCUCCACCUCCUCCCUUGCCUUCCAUGUCUGGUUUUGGCCCUCGGGGCACCCCUCCUCCUCCUAUUCCUCCUCUACAUCCAGCAGCAGCCCCCGGCCAUCCCCCUCCCCCUGCACCUCUCCAGAUCGCCCCUGGCGUCCUCCACCCUGCCCCUCCCCCAGUGGCACCUCCCCUCCACAUCUCCUCCCCAGCCCGUCUCCAGCAGGUCCUGGACAGGGGCCCGACCCCUGGCCAAUCAGAUGGCACUGUGCUGCCUCCCCCACCCCCUCCCCCACCCCUCCCAGGAGUACGGAGCUCCUCCCCCUGCCCGCCGGGCCCACCCCCCGUGCCUUCCUUCCUGUCAGGUGCCAUGGCGUCCCCGCUCUCUCACUCCGGGGGGAAGAAACAUUCCGCCAACCUGCCGCCCAUCAGCGAUGCACGCAGUGUCCUAUUGGAGGCCAUCCGCAAAGGUAUCCAGCUCCGGAAGGUGGAGGAGCAAAGAGAGCAGGAGGCAGCCAAACACGAGCGUGUUGGGAACGACGUGGCCACCAUCCUGUCCCGACGCAUUGCCGUCGAGUACUCCGACUCAGAGGACGAGUCCGAGUUCGACGAGGGAGACUGGAUGGAGUGAAUGAGAUGGAGGGAGAGGAAAAGAAAAGAGAGGGGGACAAAAGGCAAAACUGUCACCCAACUGUACCCCCUUUAGAGAUGUCAGAUUCCAUCCUUACAACCACUAUCCUCUGUCAGUCCUGUUUUACCCCCUCACCUGUCAUCCUCUACACCUCUCUCUCUCUCGCCCUCUUGCUCUAUCUCCCCCUCUUUCUCACUCCCCAUUCUUUCUAUCCUCUCUCCCCCUAUUUUUCCUCCAUCUCUCUUUUUCUCUCUCUACACCUCCCUCUCUUUCUCUCCCUCUACCUCUCUCCCUAUUUCUCUCUCCUCCCCCUCUCUCUCUAUUCUCUCCUUUUCGCUCCCUCUUACAUCUCCCUCUCACUUUCUCUCUCUCCCUUUUGUCCCUCUUGUUCUCUGUCAUAUACUGUUCUUGGUGUGUUUGUAGGAAAAUAUCAAUUUCGGUUGUUUGUUCCCCAUGUUCUGGUCGGGAAAUGUUUUUGUACUUAUUUUCUACACUACUACACAUUGUUCAGUGGCUCAUGUUAUUUUCCUUCUUUAUCCUCCAAUUGUAUGAAAUCCUCCUCAUGUACAGUUGUUUAAAAAAUGAACGUUAACCAAACAGUUUUUUUUGUUUCUGAUAACCUUUUAAAGAAAAGCUAUUAACAACCACACCUUUCCCCCCCUUUGUUUCUGAUAACCUUUUAAAGAAAAGCUAUUAACAACCACACCUUUCCCCCCCUUUGUUUCUGAUAACCUUUUAAAGAAAAGCUAUUAACAACCACACCUUUCCCCCCCCUUUGUUUCUGAUAACCUUUUAAAGAAAAGCUAUUAACAACCACACCUUUCCCCCCCUUUGUUUCUGAUAACCUUUUAAAGAAAAGCUAUUAACAACCACACCUUUCCCCCCCUUUGUUUCUGAUAACCUUUUAAAGAAAAGCUAUUAACAACCACACCUUUCCCCCCCUUUGUUUCUGAUAACCUUUUAAAGAAAAGCUAUUAACAACCACACCUUU